CUGUAGAAGGUUUUGGGGGGGGGGAUUUUUGUUGGCAACUGCUUCUUGGUUGACUAGACAGGGAAAGAAAUUUGGGAAUCCCAAUUUGUAGUGUUAUUAACCAUGCCCCAUUUUAAUUGAUCUUGCAUUUCAGUUUUAGCAUGUUGAUGAUCUAGUAGGCAGGAAAGCUCAUUUGUCCACUCAAUUUUGCCUGUACCAUUGUCAUAUGGAACUCAAAGUGACUGGGCUGUGUGAGUGCUUUGCAAAUAAAUAGGCAGUCUUUGAGGCCAGAUACAUGUGUUUUUGGGUGGUUAUCCGACCUGGAAACCUCAAGAAUUCAAUUUCAUGGAAAACUGAUUUUUUGUCUUACAGAGUAGUGGGUACCUUUGGAGUAAAAAAUUCAAAAGCCAGGAUCGGCCAACAAUAGGUAACUGCCCCUUACAUAGUAUCUUUUAGAGCCAAGAUGUCUCUAAAACUCAAUUACUUGGAACAGUUCUUUCUAUGCUUGUCUGGAAAUCUACUUCAACGGACUGGAACUGGAUGCACUAUAACUUGAAAUGGUGCGGGAACUGGAGGUAACUUGAACCUAUAUGAAAUUUCAAAUAGCAUAUUUCUGUGACCAGCUUGCAGGAAAGACAUGCAAUCUGUUGAACUUGGAUGGUAGAGUUGCCGCGGGUAAGUAAGCUCCUGAUGUAAUCUGUGGAUGGUUUGUGCAUGGGAAUAUUAAAAUUAAGUUAGUUCUAUCUUAUUGGAGGUUCAAAUUGAACAAUGCCGAAUUGAAGAAUUGGAAAAUAUGUAAUGACAACUACCUUGCAUUGUUUUUUUUUUUUUAAGAUUAAUAUGAGUGUCCGGCCGAAUUUGUGCGCAUCUCGAUUAAUUUUAUGAACCUGCAAUGUUGAAAUGAUCUAAUGUUGGGAUGUGUUUAGAUUUCAUUUGAUUUGUCAAUCUGAUGCUAUCGUUUCAAAAGGUUUAUUAUCAAACAUUCCCGGUACAACUUGCUGCUUGAGCUUGUUCAUGUUAAGCGACGAUAUUUUUUUCUCUUUUGAAUUGGAAAACUGAACGAUGUAAGUUAGAUAUCACUCGGCACAUGUCAGCAGCUCCAUCUUUUGUCAGAUAUCAUCUUUUGUUAAGCUCCUUCCUCGUUAUGGAAGGUGUGAUAAACAGCUGAUGGUUGCAUGCUCUAGCCCUUGCUGGCACAACGCUAUUGAUUUUGUCUUCUCGUUGAGGAAUGUGGCAACCCCGCAGAACUGCAAAAAGGUGGACUUGAAUGUGAGAGCUACAAUUUUAUUUUACACCUCUUACAAGUCUGAAAGGAAUUCACACUUCUGCUUUAGCCAAAAUUCUGAAAAAAGCAAUUGACAGUUAAUUUGCACAAAUUAUUGUCAACUCCAUUAUUUUGGGUAUAACCUACUUGGUGCCAUACAAAUAGGGUUCCUUGUCAUCGAAAAAUGUAGCAGUUGCCUGACUGGGUUUCCUAGAAAAAUAAACAUUUAGCUGGCGGCAUAAGGGUCCUUUUUUAACUUCGCCCUUUUUCGUUUCUUCCCUGGAGGGAGAAUGACUUGAUUACAUUUGGGUUCUACCUCACUUCUCACCACAGAGUCCAGUGUAACAGGUAAAUCAUCUUCAUUGUUACUAUUAUGCAACCGACAAUAGUCAAUGGAAGCUUCGUUGUACACAAGGCAAAGAGGGCCUACAAUCAGACAGCAUACAAAAACAUUAGUAACACAAUAGAACUACUGGUAAUGAGGAGGAGCAAAACAAGGUCCAACCAUUUGUGUACCUUUACGGAAUUUUAUCCAUGAAGGACAUAAUCUGUGGCUCUCGUUUUAGGUUUUUCAUUGUUCUCAAACACUGCUAAGAAUAGCAAAUGAAUAACUUUCCAUUGAACUCAUCACCAUCACCAACAGCAACAAUUACCAUUUAGCAUCUCAGGGCUUCAACCAUGAAUGACACAGUGGACAAGCUGGUCAUCUUUCUAGCAAAGAGAGAUGGCAUAGAUAAGCUUGUCAAGACUUUCCAGUAUGUGUCCAAGCUUGUUCACUGGCAUGUAGAAGCCACCCAUCCAGACGCUGCAAUGAGAUUCAAGCAAUGGGAAGUUGCUUCUGGCCUUGGCCGGAAAGCCUUCAGAACUGGCAGGUUUCUCACUGGCUUCAAUGCUCUAAGAAGAGGCCCUGGCGCAACCCCGGCGUUAAAGGUCUUAGCUGUUCUUGCUAAUGCAGGAGAAAUGGUCUAUUUCUUUUUUGACCAUUUUCUUUGGUUAUCAAGAAUUGGAACUUUGGAUGCAAAGUUGGCAAGAAGGAUGAGCUUCAUUUCAGCAUUGGGCGAGUCUUUUGGCUACAUAUUUUUCAUUAUAGCUGAUUUUAUUAUAAUGAAAGAAGGGCUAGAAACAGAGAGAAGGCUCAUAAUCUCUUCAAAAGAAGAUGGUUCAGAAGAUGCGAAAGAGAGCACGAGGAAGAUCAGAGCAGAGAGAGUGAUGAGGUUGAUGGCAGUAGCAGCUAACGUUGCAGAUUUGAUUAUUGCACUGGCAGAUAUUGAGCCCAACCCAUUUUGCAACCAUGCUGUUACUCUUGGCAUUAGUGGGUUGGUGUCUGCUUGGGCUGGUUGGUACAGAAAUUGGCCCUCGUAGUCGUAGUUCAAAUACCUCUGUUACACUUGUGUUGUAGUUGCGAUGGAAAUUAUACUCUUUUACUUGAAAAAAAUCUUGCAACGAAGUGUUCCAUUUUAUCA